AUGCCGAGACAGCUGAUAAGCACGCUCUUACAGGCCUCAGCCUUGUACGCCGGCAUCGUCAUCAGCACUCAGUGUCCCAUAGGAUAUGCUCCUGUUUCCAAUGGCACGAAUGUCCAAGGCACUACGGGUAGCAAGGCCAUUGCAUGGGUCGAUUGUCCCACCAAUGGGUCACCUCGACUACAAUGCGGCAUGCUGGAUGUGCCCAUCGACUACACAGACCUCUCACUAGGCACGCUACAGAUGCCUGUGGUGCGCGUGCCAGCCAACGCUUCUAAUCCGCGCAACCAGUCCGUCAUCGUCAAUCCAGGAGGCCCGGGCGGGAGUGGAAUCCAAAGCUUUGCUGGUGGCAGCGGCGAUAACAUUCAAGCCUACGUCGGCACAGACUUCGAUUUGAUCUCCUUCGACCCGCGAGGUGUCGGACUCAAUGCGGCGUAUCUGUGUCCAGACAAGCAAGCUAUCCAAAUGGCGGCGCAAAACAUUAGCGAUAUCGACACCGACGACCUUGGCGACUUUGACACCACUCUUCUACCUUCACAGAAUGACAGUGCGCUGCCAGAAACUCCGGAGUGGUUUCAAGAGCAAUUCGAUGCGUACAAGGCAUUUGCUGAAGUCUGCGCUGACGAUACCUACAAUCUUGCGGGUCAGCUCGUUGGUACCGCGUUUGUAGCCAGAGAUGUCGAUCUGCUCGCGAGGAGUUUGGGCCAGGAUGAACUGAUCAGGUACUAUGGCUUCUCAUACGGCACUCUCUUGGGAGCAACAAUUGGUGCAAUGUUUCCGGACCGUAUCGAGCGCAUGGUACUCGACGGCAACAUCAAUCCCUCGGACUACUACUACGGCCUUGGCGAUGAAGCAGUCUCGGACUUCGACCCAGCCCUGGAAUACUUCUUCAACGCCUGCGCCGAAGCCGGCCAUGAACACUGCGAGCUCGCUCAGGAGGGUUUAUCUGGUCAACAGCUACUAAACCAAUACUGGACAUUCUACAACAGCGUCCGCACAGGCAAUACGACAACCCACGACGAGGACAAACAGCCCGUCGAGUACGGUUCCAUCAUGUCGAUAAUGCAAAAGAUGACAUUCGAAGGUAAAGCCUUGUACAAGGAAGGUGCGAAACAGCUCGCGAUCUACUACAACAACCGCGACAACACAACUAACGCCGCCGCACGAAAGCAAAAACGUGACACUCCGUUCAACCCCAUGAACGCCCAAAGCAGCGACGAUGCUAACACCAAUCUCCUCGACGCAGUCACCUGCGGCGAUGGUAUCCGCCUGAACGCGACCAACGGCGAAAGCUUCCGCGAAUACAUGGACGCCUUCAAGACGCACAGCAAGUAUGGCUUCGAAACCAUCCUCAGCUUGGCGUAUAGCUGCGGUCCCUGGAACAUCAGCGCGAAAGAACGACCACAGAAACCCUUCACCAACAUCACCACGAAGAACCCGAUCCUGUUCGUGCAAGGGUUCCACGAUCCCGUGACACCGUCGAUCUCUGCUAAGAACUCCAGCGCAGGCUUUGUAGGCAGCGCAAUCGCCUUUCACAACGGCACUGGGCAUUGUGCAGGACGCGACCCGUCCAAAGACCUCAACACCAAGAUUGCCGCAUACUUCAACACUGGGGAGAUUCCGGCGAAUGUCAGCGACGUGAGCCUGCCGGAUAGCCUGCCUUUCACGGACGCAACACACAACAAGAGACACUUGUCCUAUGCGCUAGAGGACGCCGAAGACAAAGCAGUAACACCAGGAGCUCAGCGCUUCCAGCAGCGAAUGGCAGGCCUCGAUCGCCGCGGCCUUCCAAAGCGUGAGGUGGAGCAGGCACCAUAUCCAGAGAUGCUGAGGAACGCGAAGCGCGACGUCUAUGAGGCUCUGUUGCAGAGGAAUGAGAUGAUGAAGCGGGCUGGAGAAGAGACGACCACAACAGCAUCAGACAUCAUGACGAUACCGACUAUGACGAUGAGCUUCUCCUUUGACGUCCCCACGACGUGCACGCCGAUCGCCAGCUCGAGCUCGAGCUCGACCUCGACGGCGGUCAGCGGGCAGGGGCAGAGCGGCGCUGCUGCUCCGAGGGUGUUUGGUUGGUCGCUGUUGAGCGGGAUUGUGCUAUUGCUGUUGGGCGUCAUGCUGUGA